AUGAGCGACGACGAGAAUCGCGUAUCGGAGAAGCCCGGGCCGAGCAGACAAAGAAACGACGCUCAAGAUGGCGGCGUAGCAACGGAAAUUUACCGCAUCGGCGUGAAAGUGCCUAUUUUUUGGCUGGAAAAACCGGCAAUAUGGUUCGCGCAGAUGGAGUCGCAAUUUGGUGUGGCGAAUAUUACUGCGGACGCUACUAAAUACAAUUACGUCGUGUCACAACUCGAUUCGCAAUAUGUUGCCGAGGUUGAGGACAUUAUUCUUGCGCCGCCGCCUACUGACAAAUACAAAAAAAUAAAAGAGGAACUCAUCAAAAGACUCUCUGUAUCCAGGCAGAAGAAGGUGAAGCAGUUGCUUAGCCAAGAAGAGUUAGCGAAGCUCAAUGACCCAAUUGAAGAGCUUGCCGACUUGGCUGACCGCGUCCAUGACGUAUCUACCCCUCAAGUAGCCGCAGCGUCAGCGGCUGACCCACAGAUGGCAGUCCUCAUGCGUCAAGUGAGUGAGUUGGCCGAGGGCAUGAAGGCGCUGAAAAGUCAGUUCGGCAAUGAUAGGCAGUCGCGGUCAAGAUCUCGUGCGCCCAACAAGUCGCGUAACCGCUCCAGCUCACGCAGGUCGCAGUCCGGUUAUAGAAAGUUUCCUGAGUGCUGGUACCACGCGAAGUUCGGAGAGAAAGCGACAAGGUGUAUGAAACCGUGCGACUUCCAGGCGGGAAACGAGAGGGGCACUCGUUAG